GGCCGGCGCGCCGUCCGCCCGCCGCCAGUCCGCCGCGUCGCCCGGUAGGUGGAGGUCGCGUCUGUGGCGACCGUCGCGCCGUGCAGCUCGUGCCGCCGUGUCGGUCAGUUUGUCGGUGGAGACUGUGAGGUGUGAGACGCUCUGACGGCAGGGAAUACCAGUGAGUCUGCCGGAACUGUCGCAGAGACCCGAUACAGAUCUCUGGCGGGACGCGCGCGUGCGCACGAGACGCCCGGCUCUGGUGGGGACCAGGUGUGGAGCGCCGCUGCCGGCCCAAAGGCAUGCCAGGCCGCCAGUGAGCGCCGCCGGCCCGACCGAGCCGCUUCAGUGACCGGCAGUGACCCGCAGUGACGGGCAGUGACCCGCAGUGGCCCACAUUAGGUCAGACAGUGACCUCCAGUGACCCGCAGUGACCGCGCCAGGCGGGCGCCGAACGGCAGCGAGUGCCGAGUGACGAGUGCGUCGGUUGUGAUUUCACGUGCGCGUACGGUGACACUGAGUGAUUCGAUAACUGCGUGAUUCGCGCCGGCAUCAUGUCGGUCAACAACGUGAUCGACCCCAGUGACCUAUUCCGAGAGCUGAGCGGCGGCGGCGGCGGCGAGGGCGUUUCGCCAGCCGAGGUAAACCGGCUGGCCGACCAGCUCACCGCCACCACCGACAACAUCCGCACCUUGAUCAGCCGGCAGCAGGCGCAGCGCGCGCAGGCCGCCCGGCAGCUGGACACGCCGCCGCCCUCCAGCUCCGCCGGUGACGAGCUGGAGGACAUCGCCAAACAGAUCGCCGACCACGCCGAGACGCUCUACCAGACGUGGAAGGCACGUGGCCUGGCGCCGGCUGAUGUGCUAAAGUCGCACAACACCACCUCGCUGAAUAGUGAGGCGGCGCAGACUCUGUCUCGGCACCUGCGUGAGGGCGGCUCGCGCGCCUCGACCCCUUCCUGCCGCACCCCGACCCCGUCUCCGGCCGGCCGCGCCGCCGCUGCGCCCUCCUCUCAGCCUUCCCCCUCUAGUCCGCAGCCCCUGGAGCACACGAUACCGAUCCGGCUGGAGAGAGGCGGUGCUCAGCCGCGGGUCAACGGAGCCGAAUCGCCGACCGCAGAGAGACGUCAGCCGCCGGCGGACCGCUGGAAGCCUCAGCAGCAGCAGCAGCAGCAACAACAGCAACAGCCCCAGCAGCAGCAAUAUCAGUCACAGCAGCAUCAACAGCAACAACAGCAGCAGUUUAUCAGCCAGCAGCAAACCAAUCAGCAGCAUGUGCAGAAACCGGCACCUCAGCAGCAGCAGCAGCCGCAGCCGCAGCCGCACAGUCCCAAUGCUGUCCAGCACCAGCAGCAGCACUCUCCGCCGCUGUCUCAGCAGCAGCAGCAGGCGGCUGGCCAGGCGCGGCGAGAGCCCACCGCUCACGGCCGCACCGCGCCGCCUCCGGACCGCUGGAAGCCGCAGCAGCCGCAGCCGCAGCGGGGCGCUAUCUCACCGGCUGACCUACUGGCAUCGCCGGACAGCGACCGAUCGCUCGAGGAGCUCGUCAAAAACUUUGUGCAGGAGGACAAGGCGCGCCGCGGCGGUCCGAGCUCUCCCAGCUCCCCGCCGGCCGGUUAUCAGACGCUACCGGCCCGGCCGGGCGAGCAGCGCGCCUACCGCGGCGCCAAGACCGCUCCGAACCUGCUCAACUCGCGGCUCCAGGUCAGCACCAACGGCGAGCGGCGGGUCUUGGAGGCAGGCGACGAGCCGGACAGCAGCACCGCCACCUGGCCGCUGAAGGCCCGCGCCCGGCCGGCCGACCAGCCGCGCACAGCUCUGCCCGAGCAGACCGCCGGCCCGGCCGCCUCCUCAGCGGCGGCGGCGGCGGCCGAGGCGGAGCGGGCGGCGGACGCGGCGCUGGCCGAGGUCCGCCAGCAGGAGGAGCAGCUGCGCUCGGCCCUGCAGAGCGGCUCCCUGAUCGCGCCGCGCCGCGACCUCAGUCCGCGCCCCGACGGACUGGCCAUGUCCACGGUCGACUACGCCAAGCUGCGCUUCCAGGACCCGCAGCAGCGCUCGCGCGCCGCUCAGCGCCUGGAGGACUCGCGCUCGAUGGCGCGCGGCGCCGGCGCCACCGGCGCGCAGGUCACCGAGGCGCGCUCGCGCUACGACAACGGUCAGAUCAACAUCAGCGACUCGCAGUGGCGCGCCGAGUGGCUGCCGGGCCGGUACGCCGUCGACCCGGACUCGGGCGUGCUGCUGCCGCCAGAGUCGUGGCGCAGGAAGCGUGCCCUGCAGAAGGCCGCGGCGGCCGCCGGUGACGCGCCACGUACCGUGUCGCCGCUGCCGCACCCGCAGCUCACCGAGGAGCAGAAGGCGCACAUCCGCGAGCGCACUCUCUCGCCGACGCCGUACAACGCGGCCGGCGUGGCGAUCCGUCCGUUCCUGACGCAGGGCUCUGUGGCCGAGCGGGUCUCCAUCUUCGAGAAGUGUCCGGCCGAGCUGCGGCAGCGCGGCGCCAGCACCGAGCUGCAGGACAAGAUGCGCCAGCCGGCCAUCGCCGCCUGGCGCGCCCAGAACGAGGUCAAGGACAAGGCUCAGACCUAUGGCCGGGAGCGGGACGGCAGGAGCAGCACAGAGUCGCCGCCCGCCUCGUCACCAAAGUCGCCCCCGCGCCGGACGGCCAACGCCCGGCCCGCCAACAAGAGCGCGCUCAUACCCAAGUUCCACUUUCCGUACGGCCGCCCGGAGAGCCGUGACAAGGUGGAGGCUCAGCUGCAGCGGAUUCAGCAGGCGUUCAACUCGUACCCCGGCGGCCAGGUGCCCAAGGACAAAUUCGCCGCCAUCGCAAAGGCCUGUGAGCUGCCGCUCUACUGGAAGGUGCCGCUGUUCCUGGCCGCCGGCGGCGAGAAGACGGGACACGUCACCGCCGCCGCCUUCCUCGACUUCUGGAAGAGACUGCUGGCCACGUCUCACGACCAGGCGUCUCGGUUCGUGCGCGUGCUGACUGCCGGUCAGCGCACCCACCUGGUGCCCGAGGACCUGGUGCCGCUGGUGCAGGACGUGGUCGAGACGCACCCGGGCCUCAACUUCCUCAAAGAGGCCAUCGAGUUUCACAGCCGAUACGUGCACACGGUGAUAGCGCGUAUUUUCUACUGCGUCAAUCGGUCGUGGAGCGGCCGGAUCACAGUGGCCGAGCUGCGCCGCUCCAACCUGCUCAAAACCAUCCAGCUGCUCGAACAGGAGGAGGACAUUAACCAGAUCACCGACUAUUUCUCCUACGAGCAUUUCUACGUGAUCUACUGCAAGUUCUGGGAGCUGGACAAAGAUCACGAUCUUCUGAUCGACAAAUCGGACGUGGCUCGUCACAAUGAUCAUGCCGUCUCGUCCCGCAUCAUCGACCGCAUCUUCAGCGGCGCGGUGACGCGCGGCAGUGCCCGGAAGCAGGAGAAGAUGACCUACAUGGAGUUUGUGUGGUUCCUGCUCUCCGAGGAGGACAAGAAACACCCGACCGCCAUCGAAUACUGGUUCAGGUGUAUGGACCUGGACGGUGACGGCUACCUGUCGAUGUACGAGCUGGAGUACUUUUACGAGGAGCAGCUGCAGCGGAUGGAGGCGCUCGGUAUCGAGGCGCUGCCCUUCGAGGACUGUCUCUGCUGGAUGCUGGACAUGGUGCAGCCGGAGACGCCGGGCAAGAUCGCGCUGAGCGACCUCAAACAGUGCCAGAUGAGCAACAUCUUCUUCGACACGUUCUUCAACCUGGAGAAGUACCUGGAGCACGACCAGCGAGACCCGUUCGCUCUGCAGCGGGACGGAGAGCCGGGACAGACGAUGUCGGACUGGGACCGGUUCGCUGCCGAGGAGUACGAGCUGCUGGUGGCGGAGGAGGGCGCCGCCGAACAGGAUCCCGAAUUCCUGUACGAGGACGACCCGGAGCCGGGUACGGAGCCGCUGGAGCGUCUCUCUAUCUCGGAGCCGGGCCGGCCGCAGCAGCCCGCCCGGCCGCCGCCCGACGCAGACGACGACUACGCCGAGACGGACGCCGACUACACGUACAUCUCCGACUCGGCCGGCUCGCCCGUCUACGGCCAGGCUAAGGUGGUGUAACGGCCGGCGGCGACCAGCUCAACACUCGGCAGCUGCCCCCCGGCGGGGCGACAGACACUUACAGUGGCGGACGGAUGCGAUGCCAUACAACUAUUUAUGUAGACUAGAGUGAGGUGUGAGUGAGAGGCGAGUGGGCGCAGGACGCCGUGUGUGAUUCAGUAGAAGCGUGCCCGCGAGAUGGAUCAACUGACCGGAGCGAGUGCGCGCGACAGAUCAAUUGCGGCGUAAAGUGAGUGUGUGAGUGUAAGUGUGAGUUCUCUGGUGAGUUUGGCCACUGAGUUGUACUCGAUAGCCAUCGAGUUGAGCUCGAUACCCGACAUCGAGCUAGUCAGCUGCGUGUGCGCCAAUCAAUUUGCGCGCAGGUGGAUUAUUUGUGUUUGAAGUGUAUUUCGUGAUCAAUUCCAAUGAACUGACGAGCUGCAUUCAUCUGUGUACAUAGCUCAUGUACAUAUUGUCAUCCGUUUGUGGUGAGAUUGCCAAAUAUUGUAGUUUGAUACCUAACAACCACAUGCUUUCGAUGAUUAAAUCUCUAAUAUGG